UCCAAUACGAUCAAACCCCAUAGGGAGGUAUUUGAUAUUCUCCAUCAUUUCCAAUCUGCUCGUAUCAGUCCUUGUAUCUGUUGAACGAACUGGUGUUAGGGUUUACAGCUACGCACCGCAGAUUCGGGAAUUGUAGGUAAAGAGGCAUGGCGAACCAAGGCGCCAAGAAGCGUAAGGAGGAGAACAGUCGCCACAUGACUAAGCUUCUUCGCCUCAUCAUCGCCUGUAAUGUUAUAUAUGUGUUGGUGAGGAUGCUGUUCUUCUAUUCCACCUUCACCUGGAAGCAUUGGAUUGGCCUGUUGUUGACCACUGCAGCCUAUGUGAUCCCCUAUCGGCAACUUGCCUCAAUGGCAAAACCUGCCUAUCAUGAUGAUGGGGAGCUUUUGGAUGGAGGAUUUGACAUGAGUACUGGUGGAGUUUGUGGUUAUUUACAUGAUGUAAUCUACAUUACAAGCUUUGUGCAAAUCAUGUCCAUCAUCUCUGAAAAGUUUUGGUACACGUAUCUGGUGAUACCAGCAUUUGGAGGCUAUAAGAUUUUUGGUCUCACCAGGGGACUUUUGUCACAAAGUUCGGAGGGAGCCACGGAAGAUGAGAAGACUCGCAAGAAGAGAGAGAAAAUGGAGAGGAAGGCUUCAAAAGUCAAAAUCAUGAAGACAAGGACUAGAUAGGUCACCUAUGAAUGAGAAGACCAGUUUUGGGUGAUACCUAAUUAUCUUCAGUUUGACAAUGAAUGCCUUGAAGCCCGAGUUUUGAAUGUGAGUUUCAUGAUCUGGUUGAGCAGAACAGAGGAAAUGUACACUAUUUUGAUAGAUAAAGAAGGCAUUUCAUGUAAAUUUGGUUCCUUUGCACUAUACUUUUAAUUUUUUUCCAUUGAAUGCUAGGAGUGGGUGCUGGUUCAAGGCUCUUGAAUGAGGUUGGCUUAAAACUUUGAUUGAAUUUUGUGCAUGUAGUGCCUCCAAUAACGUCAUUAUAUCACUACUAGCUGAACUACGCAUUUGUCCC